AUAGACAUUCUGGUGCUCUAUACCUGAGAACAUCAAUAUAUACAAAAGAAUUAAGCAAAGGGAUAAAAAUGGUUGGAUAAAACAGCCACAGGGACUCCGAACAGAGAGCAGAAAAUUACACAGUCCAAGAAAUUCUGUACGCAAUUUAACUGCACUGAAUAUUGUCAUGGAGCAAAGUAAGAAAGACGUCGAUACAACGGCGAAAGACGUGUCCAUUGUUGAUGACGAUGUUCUCGAAGUGUUUGAACUUGUGGAAGACAACACAAUUGAAGAGUGUAUGAUGUUGGUGAACAAACUCAGUGAGAACAGCUUGCUUGAGGUAGAGAAAGAAAAGGAAAACCUAACUCGACUUUUAAAAGAAGCAGACAAAGAGGUCAGCAAGCUCAAGAAAUCGCUGAGAAGUGCAAAUAGUUCAAACGAGAAAAUAACGCUUGAGCUUAAAACUGAGAAACAAAAGACAAAAGAGUUGGAGGAACAAUUGAAAAGUGCAAAUGAGAGGCUUGCACAAAUAGAGGACGAUCUGACACAAUCUAAAGACGAAUAUCUUGAGAUUGAAGAUAAAUAUCAAGAAGCGUCAAAACUAGCAAAGGACACCAACCAUUUGUUAAACCAAGUCUUGAGUAAGAAGAAUCGUCUUGAGAAGGAAGUAGAUUCCUACAAAAAGCAACAAUCUCAGUUUGCUGCCAUGGAAAGGAAGAUGCAACGAGAGCAAGAACGCGCAAAUGUCAAACUGACAGAAUACAGUGAAAAGUUAUUAAAAACAGAGGCAGAACUACAAGAAAAGAGCAGUGAGCUUUCAACACUGGAAGAAGACUUCAAAUUACAAAUCGAACACCUUCAGGAGAAAUUGAAUAUAGAGAAAGGUUUGAAUCGCUCGUUAGCUGUGGAAGCUGAUGAAUGCGUCGCUGCUAUUGGAAAGAAGUUUGACUCUCUUGAAAAACAAAACUCUGACACUGAAAAGGAAAAGAGUUCUGCAAUAAAGAAUUUGACCAGAGCUCAGCAUGAGAUGACAUGUUUUAAAGAGGAAGUUGAAAAAGAACGAAUAAUAAACGAUCAAAAAUUAAAGGAGGCCGAAAAUACAAUAGAAGAACUUCGAAAAUCACUACAUACCGAAUCUUUAAAAUGCGCACUGCAGAGAAAAGACCAGGCAGACCUGGAAUUAUCCAUAAAGAACCUUCAAAAUGAAAAAUGCGUCCAGGAAAAUCAGAUCUUAGAACUCCAACAAAGUUACAAUGAAGCUAAAUGUGAGUUAGCAUCUUAUGAAGAACGCAUGGCCAAAAUGGAGAGUGAAGCAAAUCAGGCACUGCAGGCUGCAAAUUAUGACGAUGGAAAUUCAUGGGCGAAUAGAGUUAGCCAGGAAGAAGAAAAUGAAUCUUACGAAGAACUAAAACACAGGUAUACAGAAUUGGAGAUUGAAUAUAAUUCUGUACUGAAGCAGUUCACACAAACAAGAAAGCACAGAAAUGAGGUUCUGCGUCAGAACAACGAGUUGAGAUAUCAAGCGCAAAUGGCGGUCGUCCAACUUGCCUCUACUAACCGAAGAUUUGUCCAGCAUAUGGAGCAACUCAAGAUGCAGCUUGGUGUCGCUGAAAAAGUCUACCAGGAAAAGUUGUUUGAGUGUAAUUUGUUGGAAAUACAAGUCCAGCAUUUGAUGCAUCAAAUUAAUGCAGCCAAUGGUGGUCAAAUCGUGCAGCAACAGGGAUGAGCCAGGCAUUUAACGUUCAACUGAAAAUAGACAUUUUUAUCCCCGAAUAAAUCUUUUAC